AUGACCUGGACUGAUGCCCAGAGUUACUGCAGAGAGAAUUACACUGAUCUGGCUACAGUAGAUGACAUGGAGGACCUGAACAGGCUGAUUACCAGUGUCAGUAGUUAUAAUUACUGGUUCUGGAUUGGACUGAAGAAGGGAGACUCCAUGAAGUGGCACUGGUCUCUGGUAGACAGACGUUUCUACAGAGAGGGGGAGACUGAGUUCAGAAACUGGGACACUGGGACGCCCCAAAAUGGUAACUGUGCUUUAAUGAGUACAGCUGGUCUGUGGAACAACACCUCCUGUGAUGACCAGCAUCACUUCAUCUGUUAUGAUGUGUGUCCCAGUGUGUCCCAGUGUGUCCCAGUGUGGCCCAGUGUGUCCCAGUGUGGUCAGCCCAUAUCUGGGUUCAACACACCUUCCUCGUGCCUUCAUCAGUAUCAGCUCAUUACCAACUAUUUGAACUGGACUGAUGCCCAGAGUUACUGCAGAGAGAAUUACACUAAUCUGGCUACUGUAGAUGACAUGGAGGACCUGAACAGGCUGAUUACCAGUGCCAAUUAUUAUAAAUUAAGAUACUGGAUCGGACUGAAGAAGGGAGACUCCAUGAAGUGGCACUGGUCUCUGGCAGACAGACAUUUCUACAGAAAGGGGGAGACUGGGUUCAGAAACUGGGACACUGGGACAACCCAAAAUGGUAACUGUGCUUUAAUGAGUGCAGCUGGUCUGUGGAACAACACCUCCUGUGAUGACCAGCAUCACUUCAUCUGUUAUGAUGGAAAACAAGACACCAACCUAACAUACGUCUUAAUUCAGGAGAACAAGACCUGGAUAGAUGCUCAGAGUUACUGCAGACAGCAUCACACAGACCUGGUCAGUGUGAGGAACCAGACUGAGAACACAGAGAUAGAGAAGAAGAUAUCACUGAGGGGACUUCCUGUGUGGAUCGGUCUGUUUCAAGACUCCUGGAGAUGGUCAGACCAGAGUGACUCCUCAUUCAGAAACUGGUGGCCAGGAUAUCCUACAAAAGAUCAGAGAUACAACUGCACUGUGGUGUCUUAUGAUCUUUAUUUUCAUGAAUAUUUUUUUUAUUAUGAUGAUAAUUAUUCUUAUCUUAAAUGGAUAAAUCUGCCGUGUGACGCCCAGCUGUGGAGACGUCUGAGAAACCCCAACUGA